CUCGCCUCGCCCUCCUCCCCUCCGCUCCCUCCUCCGGGCGGGGUUCCCGGAACAGGCCGCCGGGGCGGGGCGAGGAAGCGGUGGCCGCACGGGUCGCUGAGGCUGCGGCUGCACCUCGACCCCUGUUUCUUCUGUCCGUCUGUUCUUCUGUCCGUCCGCCACCCAGCUAUGGCUGCGCGUGUCCCCGCGCCACGGAUCCUCCUGCUGCUGCUGCUGCUCCCGCCGCCUCCAGUCCACAGUGAAGUGUGCGUGGCUUCCCGUGGACGCAUCCUCUUCCCUGAGUCCUGUCCUGAUUUCUGCUGUGGCACCUGUUACAAACAAUACUGCUGCUCUGAUGUGCUGAAGAAAUUUGUGUGGGAUGAGGAAAAGUGUUCUGUGCCUGAGGCCAGCGUGUCCACUGAUAUAGAGCCACUGGAGCAGCUGGGCUCGGCGCUGAGGUUCCGUUCCAGCUUGGACAGCGACCCCAUGUCAGGGUUUGGGGCAACCGUAGCCAUCGGCCUGACCAUCUUUGUGCUCUCUGUCGUCACCGUCAUCAUCUGUUUCACCUGCUCCUGCUGCUAUCUCUACAAGAUGUGCCGCCGGCCACGUCCGGUUGUGACCACCACCACGGCCACCACCGUGGUACACACCCCUUACCCUCAGCCUCCAAGUGUGCCGCCCAGCUACCCCGGACCGACGUACCAGGGCUAUCACCCCAUGCCCCCGCAGCCAGGGAUGCCAGCGGCACCCUACCCGACACAGUACCCACCACCUUACCCCGCCCAGCCGUUGGGCCCCCCGGCUUACCAUGAGACAUUGGCCGGAGGUGCGGCCAUGCCCUACCCUGCCACCCAGCCUCCAUACAACCCAGCCUACAUGGACCCCCCGAAGGCAGCCCCCUGAGCAUGUCCCUGCAUCUGGGGCUGCCACCAUGUGUGUGUACGUGUGUGCGCGUGCGUGUGAGACUGGGUACGCAGGCAUGGUCCUUUUCUCCUCGUGCGUGGUGCGUGAGUCCUGUUUGUACACGAGACUUCUUGUGAUGCUGACGUGGUGGGAAGCAGUCCUUGCCAGAGUUGCUGGGACCCUACUUUGUUCUCUUCCUCACUUGAAAUCGUGCUCUUUUGAAAUCUCAAACAAAAUUCAAAGACUGGGGUGAGUUCUUUUCCAUACCACCCCAGGGAGACCAGGUGGGGCUUGUGUCAUGCUAGGAUAGUACAGCUUUCCGUGGGCAGCGUGCAUAUAUGUUCCAGUUUCGGUGGAGCAGCUAGCCACUGCUUGAGGCCAUGGCCUGUCCCCAGGGCGUGGGGGACUCUUCAGAGAACCAGAGCUAUGAUGCAGGCCUGUGGGUGAGGUUUGGGACCUGGCUAAGUUGGGUUUUAAUCCUUUCAGCAGAUGUCCCAUAGUCCCCAGAUCCUGUGCUGUGCCCAGUGGAGGGUGGGCAGCCUCCUGAGAUCAAAACACUUCAGGCAGAGCCCCACCCGUCCCCGACCACUGUCUGACUGGAUGGUCCCUGCAUUCUUUCUGGCACCGCCCAGAGGGCUACAUCCACCCACAGUUCUGGCUGCCCUGGCUGGCCAUGACCCCCAUCACAGGUAGGCAGGGUAGCCUCUGUCCACCGGCACACUCAGGUGUCCUCCCUGCAGUGUUAUUUCCUUUUUAGCCAAACAUUUUGCCUGUUUUCUGUUUCAAAGUGUAUAUGAUCGUUGUUGUGAGGCUGAGACCCCUGAGUCCUGGAGGAAAACUGGCCCACAGUCUGACCUCUGAUAGUCCCUGCUUCUCCCGUCACCAGCUUCAACAGAAUAUCCAGCUCCCAAACCCGAGUCCACAGUGUGUCUUGGCACCUGGGACACCUGGGCCAAGGGGCUGUCUGGACCAAAGGUGCGGGGGGCCUCGGUGGCUGCUCUGGCCCAGACAUGAAUACCUCGGUGUUCCCCGUUCCUCUGUUAAUAUCUCACCAGAUCUGUCUUAGCUUUGUGCCUGUUGAUGUGUUUGAGAGCCUAGGGUCUGCACCUUUGUUUAUAAUAAAUGCAAACAUUUGGG